UCAUUGGGAUGGGAGGAUUGGGCAAGACAACUCUUGCCCAAGUGGUUUUUAAUGAUGAUAGAGUUAAAAACCAUUUUGAGUUUAGGAUGUGGGUGUAUGUGUCACUGAAUUUUGACUAUAAAAAAAUCCUAAAAGAAAUGAUAGAAUAUCAGACUGAGAUGAAUUAUGAUACAAACUCAUUGUCAGAUAACCAAUUAGAAUCUCGCCUUCUAGAAUUAUUGGCCAAAAAAUGCUUUUUACUCGUCCUAGAUGAUGUGUGGAUUCAGAGUUAUGAUGACUGGGAGAAACUACAAAAACUCUUAAAACAAGGGGAAAAGGGUUCUAGAGUAUUGAUCACUGGCCGAAACACUAGGGUUUCAGAAGUUACCAUUGGCACACAACCUCCCUACCUCUUAGAUUGUUUGCCCGAAGACCAGUGUUGGUCAUUGUUUGAAAAAAUUGCAUUUGAUCGACAAAACGUUUUAGCAGAUGAUGUGCGUAAACGUUUGGAGGAUAUUGGUAGGGAAAUUGUACACAAGUGCAAUGGAUUGCCUUUGGCUGUCAAGGCAAUGGGAGGUCUUUUACGCGGUAACAAUGAUGUGAAUAAAUGGCAGAAUAUCUCGAAGCACGAGAUUUGGAAAGCAGAGGAAGAAAGUACUAACACUGGGAAGCCAAUUGUUCUGCCUGUGCUAAAAUUGAGUUAUGACCAUCUCCCUUCCAAUUUAAAGCAUUGUUUUGCAUAUUGUUACAUAUUUCCCAAGGGUUAUUUGUUUGAAAAGAAUGAGUUGGUUAAAUUAUGGAAGGCAGAAUCCUUUAUUCCUCCUAGAGGAGAGAAAACGAUUGAUGAAAUUGGAAAUGAUUAUUUUGAUGAGUUGUUGAUGAGAUCCUUCUUUCAACUUUUAGACAUUGACGACAUGUUGAGAUAUAGGAUGCAUGAUCUUAUCCAUGACUUGGCACAAUCAAUUUCAAGCCCUCACUGCUACCAAGUCAAGGAUAAUGAAUUGUGCCAUAUCUCUGAAAGAUCACGUCAUGUAUCAUUGCUUUGUAAAGAAGUCGAGAAGCAUGCUUCAGAAAUUGUUGAGAAAUCUAAGAAGUUGCGUACGCUUAUAUUGACUAGUGAAUACCAUAAUGCCUUUGGGAAGGCCCUUGGUAAAUUGUUUCGUAGUUUGAAAUAUGUACGCGUGUUGGAUUUGAGUUCCAGCACACUGAUGGAAUUGCCAAACUCAGUUAAAGAGUUGAAGUUGUUGCGUUACCUUGAUCUUUCUAAAACUGAAAUCAGAGCUCUUCCCAACUCCAUAUGCAGCCUCUACAAUUUGGAAACACUAAAAUUAUUAGGGUGCUUUUGGCUUUUCGAACUGCCAAAAGACCUUGGUAACUUGGUCAACUUGCAACAUCUCGAGCUGGAUGAUAUGUUCUGGUUCAAGUCAUCCAUUUUACCUCCAAAAAUAGGUUGCCUAACUGUACUCCAAAAUCUACAUGCCUUUCAGAUUAGCCAUGAGAGUGGUUAUGGAAUUGAUGAAUUGAAGGAUAUGAAGUGUCUUAAAGGAACUUUACAUAUUUCAAAGCUCGAGAAUGCAACAAAUGCAGCAGAGGCAAAGUUGAAAGAGAAAGAAAAGCUUAAGAAGGUGGUAUUUGAAUGGAGCAAUAGUGAUGGUGAUCCACAACAUGAAGCAGCUGAUGAAAGCAUGCUUGAAGACCUUCAACCUCACUCAAAUCUCGAAGCGCUCCAUCUUGUCUGCUACAAGGGUACCAGAUUUCCAUCAUGGAUAAGAGAUAGGUUGCUCCCGAAUCUUGUUAAUCUUUCCUUAAAUCAUUGUUCAAAAUGCAAAGUCUUGUCUCUUGGGAAACUAGAUCACCUUAAAGAGCUCCACAUUAAAGGAAUGCCAGAGUUGGAGGAAUGGCCAGAGGCAGAAUAUCUUUCUCUGAAGAUAAUGAAGAUUAGCAACUGCCCCAUGCUAAGAAGUUUGCCUAACUUUUUUCCUGACAUGGAACUGUUGAAGAUCAAAAGGUGUGACUCAUUGAAGACUCUUCCAUUGACCCCCUAUCUAUGUUCUCUUACACUUGUCGACAAUCUAAUUCUGGAGGAUUGGAACGAAAAGUUAGAGCCUAUUUAUCGUAUUAAUGAUCAAGGCCAACAUGAGCCCGUUCGUUUCGUUAAUGAUCAAGGCAAAAUGAUUGAGGUAAUGGCAUCUUACUUCAGAUGUGUCACGGAUUUAAAAAUCAUCAAAUGCCCCAUGUUGCAGGAACUGCCAAAAUAUGUUUGUCCGCAGAAAUUAGAGAUAAGUGGGUGUCAACGAGUCAAUACCCUCCCAGAGAUCUCUCAAUGUCUUGAGCAAUUAGUACUAGAUGAUUGCCAUGGUGAAACACUAGUGAGGGCAAUUCCAAACACCAAUUCUCUAUUCUCCUUGGUCAUUUCGAACAUCUCAAGCCUAAACAUUCUUCCAAAAUUGCCACAUCUCUCUGGGCUUAAGGCAUUAUACAUCCAUUGUUGCAGUGAUCUUGUAUCUUUGGCUGGAGAAGAAUCAUCACUGCAAGGCAUCUUCUCUCUCAAACUUCUAUCUAUUCAGAAUUGUCCCCAGCUUGUGACACUGCCAGAACAAGGGUUACCUAUUGCAAUUGAGUGUCUUAGUAUUGGUUCGUGCCACAAUCUCAAGUCCCUAGGUCCCAAAGAAGUGCUAAGGAACCUUACAUGUCUUAAGGAUCUUUACUUGAGUGACUGUCCUGUGCUUCAUUCGUUGCCAGAGGAGGGGCUCCCAGCCUCUCUUCAACAUUUGCAUAUUGAAGGUUGUCCAUUGUUGUUGAAGAAAUGUCGAAAUGAUAGAGACCCAGAUUGGCCGAAGAUCAUGAACACUCCUGAUCUAGAGUUGGAGCCCAUUGAUGGAGAUGGGGCAUCUUGAAUCAAAAAGCAUCUUUAGCAGCUUGAUAUCACCAUUGUCUUUGCUGUAAAGGAAUUGACAUGAGAAUUUGACCAACCACAGCAACUUCAUUCAUACCGCUUAAUGCAAAAGGAUAAAGUGGCUCUUUGUGAGGGCUCUCAAUGCUGCUCCAGUAGUAGGGAGGUUUCCUGGCAUCUUGGCAAUGAUUUUUCCUCUUCAAAGAUCUUAAUAGCAAUGUAUAUGAUUCAAUUUGUUUUUUUUUGCGCCAACUUAGUUCGGAAGAGAAAGUUUUACUAUGGUUCUCUGUACACUUAUCUUCUCUUUAUUGAUGUAUGUAUUAAUGUUUCCAUUUGUACAUUAUAUCUGAUCAAUAAAAUUAUCUUUUUCGCUGAUAAAAACAAAAAAUGCAAAUCACAUACAAGGGGAU